GGCUUCACCACGGGCUCCCUGCCCACCGUCAUCGAUGUGGGCAAUAACUUUGCCUCCAGUGCGAUCCUGAAGGACAACCUAGUUCACCAGAUGGGAGAACUGGGUGAGUGACAGUCCAAAAAUUCUGGUUCAAUACUCAGAAAGACCCAGAUGGGACGUGAUAAAAAUGUUGAGAAUUUAUCUUUGAAUUUAUCUUUGCCUAAUUAUUCCCUCUCUGCUUUCUAUAGGCAAGAGAGUGGUCUUCAUGGGUGAUGAAAGUUCCACCGAACCCUGCCCUUCCCCUCUAUCAAUGUCAAGGAUCUGCACACAGUGGACAAUGGAAUUCUGUAGAACUUGCACAACAUCAGUAAGCAUUGGCAGACAGCCAGACACAUUUGUAUGUGUGCUGUACAGUACUGGAUGUCUCCUUCACAUCUCCCUCUCUAUCUCUCCUCUUUUCUUCAGUGGUAGCUCACUUCCUGGGACGUGCUGGUAGCUCACUUCCUGGGGUUGGAUCACUGUGGCCAUAAGUUUGGUCCUGACCACCCAGCCAUGGAUGACAAACUCACCCAAAUGUAUGGGGUCAUCAGGUCAGUGGGAAUUAUAAGGCCUCUAGGCCUAUUCCACAGUAGCACUAGGCUAUAGCAUAGUCUCUCAGGUACAAUAGUACAGAAUUGAAUAUCAAUGCCAAUUUUAUAGAACUAUCUUUAGGACUACAUCUGUACCUAUGCCCUUUAAAUACUGUGUGCUGCAUAGGUCAGAUGACCUACCAUGGCUCUACCAGUCUGACCAUUGUUUUGUCCCCAAGAUCUGUGCUUGAUAGGCUGCACAAUGACACCCUGUUAGUGGUGAUGGGAGAUCACGGUAUGACAGAUACACGGGGGAGAGAGCCAGAAGGAGACCGAUGCUGCUAUUUUCCUCUACAGCCCCUCUUUCCAGCAUCCCCUUCCCAGGUGAGCAUAGCAGCUGCACGUUCCCACCAUUCCUAUGAUAUCCUGUACAAUCAUGAUAUGAAUAGUGAUUGUUGCAUUGAUCUGUCUGGUGUAGGGCCAUAUUACCGCCACACCAGCAGUCAGGAGUCAUGACCAUAGUACAUUUCUACAUCACAGUAAUCCCCUCUUAGGCACUCUGGACAUGCAUUGGUAGUUCUCAACUCGUUAAUGACCAUCAGGUCCUAACGGCCUGGUACUCGGGGCUCUAUUGUCCCUUUAACCACUCUGACAUCAAUGCAAGUGCAAUCGAAAAUCACAUCAAACACUUAUCAUCAAAACAGUAUGUGCUUUUAAAACUCACCUCACUGUGAUUGAUCAGUUUAAAGAAAGAAGUUCAUCAACAGGUUGAAACUUAGUGGAAAACAUGGUCGUUAUGGAUGUUGUUUCAAAGCCUAAUACAACGAAAUGGAAAGCGCUUUCUAAGGUGAAGAUGAAUUCAAAACACCCAUAGAGCUUAUGCUUAAGCAUAGGCUUAUAUAAACUCAGUAAAAAAAGGAACGUCCCUUUUUCAAGACCCUGUCUUUCAAAGAUAAUUUGUAAAAAUCCAAAUAAUUUCACAGAUCUUAAUUCUAAAGGGUUUAAACACUGUUUCCCAUGCUUGUUCAAUUAACCUUAAACAAUUAAUGAACAUGCACCUGUGGAACGGUCGUUAAGACACUAACAGCUUACAGACGGUAGGCAAUUAAGGUCACAGUUAUGAAAACUUAGGACACUAAAGAGGCCUUUCUACUGACUCUGAAAAACACCAAAAGAAAGACGCCCAGGGUCCCUGCUCAUCUGCGUGAACGUGCCUUAGGCAUGCUGCAAGGAGGCAUGAGGACUGCAGAUGUGGCCAGGGCAAUAAAUUGCAAUGUCCGUACUGUGAGACACCUAAGACAGCGCUACAGGGAGACAGGACGGACAGCUGAUUGUCCUCGCAGUGGCAGACCACGUGUAACAACACCUGCACAGGAUCGGUACAUCCGAACAUCACACCUGCGGGACAGGUACAGGAUGGCAACAACAACUGCCCGAGUUACACCAGGAACGCACAAUCCCUCCAUCAGUGCUCAGACUGUCCGCAAUAGGCUGAGAGAGGCUGGACUGAGGGCUUGUAGGCCUGUUGUAAGGCAGGUCUUCACCAGACAUCACCGGCAACAACGUCGCCUAUGGGCACAAACCCACCAUCGCUGGACCAGACAGGACUGGCAAAAAGUGCUCUUCACUGACGAGUUGCGGUUUUGUCUCACCAGGGGUGAUGGUCGGAUUCGUGUUUAUCGUCAAAGGAAUGAGCGUUACACCGAGGCCUGUACUUUGGAGCGGGAUCGAUUUGGAGGUGGAGGGUCCGUCAUGGUCUGGGGCGGUGUGUCACAGCAUCAUCGGACUGAGCUUGUUGUCAUUGCAGGCAAUCUCAACGCUGUGCGUUACAGGGAAGACAUCCUCCUCCCUCAUGUGGUACCCUUCCUGCAGGCUCAUCCUGACAUUACCCUCCAGCAUGACAAUGCCACCAGCCAUACUGCUCGUUCUGUGCGUGAUUUCCUGCAAGACAGGAAUGUUAGUGUUCUGCAAUGGCCAGCGAAGAGCCCGGAUCUCAAUCCCAUUGAGCAUGUCUGGGACCUGUUGGAUUGGAGGGUGAGGGCUAGGGCCAUUCCCCCCAGAAAUGUCUGGGAACUUGCAGGUGCCUUGGUGGAAGAGUGGGGUAACAUCUCACAGCAAGAACUGGCAAAUCUGGUGCAGUCCAUGAGGAGGAGAUGCACUGCAGUACUUAAUGCAGCUGGUGGCCACACCAGAUACUGACUGUUACUUUUUAUUUUGACCCCACCUUUGUUCAGGGACACAUUAUUCCAUUUCUGUUAGUCACAUGUCUGUGGAACUUGUUCAGUUUAUGUCUCAGUUGUUGAAUCUUGUUAUGUUCAUACAAAUAUUUACACAUGUUAAGUAUGCUGAAAAUAAAAGCAGUUGACAGUGAGAGGAGGUUUCUUUUUUUGCUGAGUUUAUGAGCCCAAACCCGAAGGAAAAAAAACAACAACCCUGAAUUAAACAAAUUCAGAUUUGGCCUACAAUUAUAGUGCAUUUGUGAUUUUGAAUAGCCAAGUAAUAGGGAAUUAUUUAUAUUUUCGUAAUUAAUAGGCUGACACAUUACCUUUAGCUACAGAAUAUCUCACCACCUUGAGUUUCCAUCUCCUUUAUUCCUUUCUCCAGCGUGCAGAGAGAGGGUCUGUCAACAGUUUAUUGAAAUAUGUUUCUUUGUGAAAACAUGUUACUAGCAAUGUUCUCGAACAGAUUUCACUUGGUUUCCAAAUUAAGCACUGGGUAGCUGCAGGAACAGGGUUGGAGAGCCCAUGGCAUACAGAGUUUGUGCGGAAUAUCACCUGUCGCGCAGCGAAAUUAUCCAAGUAGCCUUUUACACGACAUGAGUGAAAAACGUAAUGGCGGGAAAGUGGCCUCCAUACGCUAUUCCAGUGCAUACGGAUGACGUCUUUUUUGUCUUGCCCCUGUACUUGCCAAUUUGAUAAUGGGUCAUUCUAGAUCGAAACACAUUUUCAGUGGCGGGAAAAGGACUAAAUUGUCAUACUUGAGUAAAAGUAAAGAUACCUUAAUAGAAAAUGACUGAAGUAAAAAUGAAAGUCACCCAGUAAAAUACUACAAUUUUUAUUAAUUCUUUAUUGACGGAUAGCACACUCAGACAUAAUUUACAAACAAAGCAUUUGUGUUUAGUGAGUCUGCCUGAUCAGAGGCAGUAGGGGUGACCAGGGAUGUUCUCUUGAGAAGUGUGUGAAUUGGGCCAUUUUCCUGUCAAAAUGUAACGAGUACUUUUGGGUGUCAGGGAAAAGUACAUUAUUUUCUUUAGGAAUGUAGUAAAGUAAAAGUUGGCAAAAAUACCCCAAAAAACGACUUAAGUAGUACUUUAAAGUAUUUUUACUUAAGUACUUUACACCACUGCUAAUGUUUGAUAUUAGUAAAGGCAAGAUUAAAUUGAGAAUAGUCUAAUAGGUGAAAAUAUGAUCACUAGAUGAGAGAGCAGUGUGUGCAGCCUGAGGCAAGGUAGAGAGCAAGCUUUUUUUUAACGACUUUCUCAAAUCAUCAAUAGCCUAUAGUAGCAUCAUGCAGACCAUAUAUCUUGUGAUUUCUAAGGUUUAUGUCAUUCACAACUAAAGUUGCCAAAUAACUUUAAAUCUAGCAUAUAGGACCUGUUGCAAAUGAUCACUGUUACGCUCAACAUAGCCACUUCAUACGCGCACAUUCUUGCUCCAGAAUGGGAAAAAUAUCCUUUGUAUUUUAUUCAGCUAAGUUCAAUAUAUUAUUUUUACUAUAAAAUCAUAUAAUAUAAAAUAAAGGCAUGGGACUUAUAAGCAUAUCUUGUCUGCUAAAUGAACAAGCCUACAGCCUAUGGCAUGGCGCAUAGCCAGAUAACAUACAGUACAUUUGGCCAACUCAUAUUCUGUUCUUCUGAAAUACAUUUUCUUCAUAUUUUACAUUUUAGUCAUUUAGCAGACGCUCUUAUCCAGAGCGACUUACAGUUAGUGAGUGCAUACAUUUUCAUAUCAUGUUUCUUUAGACUUGCCUGAAAUAAAUAAUGAAUUUAUUGUGAUGGUGUAUAUUAAAUUGAUUUAUUAUACUUUUUUAAAUGUAGAUGUUCCGAAGGCACACAUCAGCGGCUUGUAUGCAACUUGUAUGCCUGGAGAUGCUAAACGUGUUUAUGUUAAUUAGCCUACAGGUCAAUUACCUUGAGACCAGCAGGCUUUUGCAUGACAAUAACCAGCUGACAAAAUGUCAUGACUGCCACAGCCCUAGUCUGGCAUUGAUCAUUCCACAUUGAAUGACCUUUGUCUUGUCUCUAUCUCCCUGUAGAGUGAUCCUGAGGUGGUGCCCCAGACAGAUCUGGUGCCUACCCUGACCCAUCUCCUGGGCAUACCCAUCCCCUACAGCAGUGUGGGACAGGUCCUGCUGCCUCUGUUCCCUGCAGACAGCCAGACAGGAGGUGCACCAGCAGGUCUCAGCCAGGUGGAGGCGCUGUGGAUCAAUGCCAAACCGGUAAUCACAGAGCUGUAAUCAUGUCAGAUGCAUUAAUUUGCUGUAUAUUGAAGAUUGCAAUUUACUGCACAUCUCUGCACCUAUUUUAACCAUGAAUAAUAGCUUGUAUUCAUUUGUAUGAUUCAUUUGACCCUUUUUGUCUUUGAAGGUCAACCGUUUUCUGGAGACCUAUUCCAGCAUAGCCAAAGACAUCCCUCCAGAGAGUCUCUCAGCUGCAGGCAGACUUCUCCCGCCUCUCCUCUGAGUACCUCAGCACUGUCAAAGAUGGCCACUCUCCAACCCCAGAGCUUGUGACCUCCCUACAGGUGUACCUGACCUCUGUCCGGGACACCUGCCGAGCCACAUGGGUCUGCUUCAAUCCAGCCAAGAUGGCCGCCGGCAUAGCUGUCCUGGAAUGUGCCUGCGUGCUGUGUUACGUCCUCUCUGAGAUGUCCUCUGUGCUGUUGAGGGAGAGUGGUCUGCUGAGGGUCCCUCUGGUGGCAGCCACUGGGGUAAAGGGGGUGUGUAGCAGGUCAGCUGUUUACACAGGGCUAUGUUGAGGUGUCCUGGUGCCAGGCGGCUGCAGCCCUCUCUGAGGUACUGCUCUGGAGAGCCCGACGGGCCAGCAAGACUGCAGCGGCUGAGGGUGGAGAGGUGGCCCCAAGGAGUGACUGGCUCACCCUGCCUCGCUUCUUAUUAACCCCUCCCCUCCUGGUGCUCCUCCUGCACUGUGCCUCCCUGCUCUCUGACAGCUAUGUAAUAGCAGAGGGCUGUGUGGUCACCCUUCUGCUCUUCUCCCUGAGCCUCUAUGUCCCCUUCCAUCUCAACUGGGACGGCCUCUUACUACCCCUUGUCCAUGACCCCCUGAAUCCCGCCGGGCUCCUGCCCUCCCCGGUCCUGUCCCCCUCAGUUGUGAGGAGGGAGAGCAGCACUUCCCUGGCCUGCCUGGCUGUCAUAAGGAACAGGAAUCCUGCCAGUCCUUCCCGUUCCUCUCUCCCCUGUCACAGGUGCAGGAAAGCUGUCUGAAGAACCUGCACUACAUCCUGUCUCUGGCCUCUCUGUGCGCAUGGACCUACAGUACCUGCUAUGGCACUACGGCAACCUGAACAGUCCUGGUGGUACGGUGUUCACGGCUCGCUGGAUCCUGCCCCUGCUGUCUGUCUGUUUGGGGCUCCACUGGGCUGUGGCUGAAACCCAGAGGACAGCUUUAGGAACCUGGCUGAGCUGAUCAGCCUGGGCCAGCAAGCCCUCCCCAGGUUUGCCUUCUCUCUGCUGGGCCUAGGGCUGGCCCUGCUCUGGCUGGACCCGCUCAUCGUAUUCAUCAAGACCAGGGCAGCAGCCCCUGUCCGAGGCCCUUGAUCGAUCCCCCCACCCCGCUACCGGGACAGCAUGGGCAUCAGCCCCCAGGCAGAGCUGCACCACCUCAUCCCCCAGCUCACCAGCGCAUGCACUGCUCCCUGGAGGACGGAGAACCAGCCAAGGUUCCUUAGGGGGACGACCGGCCUGCCGUGGAGGCCUACGGGCUGGGUACGGUCUACUCGGCCCCCUUGGUCCUGCUGUGUGGCCUGAUGGGCCUGCUUCUGCUGCAUCCAGAGGGCAUGUCCCUGUCCUUCCUGCUGCUGCUCCUGGAGAUGAGAGCCCUGCUGCAGAUACAGGCCUCCUCCACUACCCUCAACGCCCUGCAGGGGACACACUCUCGUAAACUACUUACAGUGUGAUCAGUUGUCUGACUAUUUGGUACUCUUUGCCUCUUUUAUAAAAUGCCUAUAAUUGUUACUUUUGCAUCUGUUGCAUGUUUGUCUCCAAUUAACUUCUCAAGAUACUAAUGGUUAUGAAUUUCUCUUAUUUGCCCCUACUUGUCUCCCUCUGCCAGGUGGCUUUGCUGUGCCCUGGACCCCGGUAGUCCUGUGGUCCCUGGCUUCCACUCAGUUCUUCCAUGCCACAGGCCAUCUGGCCACAUUCCCCCACCAUCCAGUAGGCUGCUGCUUUCGUGGGCUUCCCCGGUGGGCACACAGGCACCAUACUUCCGGCUUCACUGGUCACCCUCAACACCUUCUCCUCACACAUCCUCUUUGCAGGUAACCAUUCCCACUCACCCGUUCACACACAGGGCUGUGUUGUACAGUAAGAAUCUAGGUGUAUCUAGGUUGAUUGACAUAGUGGUUAAUAUGGCUAUAAUCAUGUCACUCCUGACUUAAUUUCAGUCUGUAAUUCUGUACUGCAUUAUCAAGGAACCUACCAGGUACAAGCCUAAAUCCGUAAACAUGGGCACCCUCAUAGAUAUCAUCCUGACUAACUUACCCUCUAAAUACACCUCCGCUGUCUUCAACCAGGAUCUCAGCGAUCACUGCCUUAUUGCCUGCGUCCGUAACGGGUCCGCGGUCAAACGACCACCCCUCAUCACUGUCAAACGCUCCCUAAAACACUUUAGCGAGCAGGCCUUCCUAAUUGACCUGGCCCAGGUAUCCUGGAUGGAUAUCUAUCUCAUUCCGUCUGUAGAGGAUGCCUGGUUGUUCUUUAAAAGUGCUUUCCUCUCAAUCUUAAAUAAGCAUGCCCCAUUCAAAAAAUUCAGAACUAAGAACAGAUAUAGCCCCUGGUUCUCCUCAGACUUGACUGCCCUUGACCAGCACAAAAACAUCCUGUGGCGUACUGCAUUAGCAUCGAAUAGCCCCCACGAUAUGCAACUUUUCAGGGAAGUUAGGAACCAAUAUACACAAACAGUUAGGCAAGCAAAGGCUAGCUUUUUCAAACAGGAAUGUGCAUCCUGUAGCACUAACUCCAAAAAGUUUUGGGACACUGUAAAGUCCUUGGAGAAUAAGAGCACCUCCUCCCAGCUGCCCACUGCACUGAGGCUAGGAAACACUAUCACCACCGAUAAAUCUAGAAUAAUCGAGAAUUUCAACAAGCAUUUUGCUACGGCUGGCCAUGCUUUCCACCUGGCUACUACUACCCCGGUCACCAGCUCUGCACCCUCCGCUGCAAGUUGCCCAUGCCACCCCCCCACUUCUCCUUCACACAAAUUCAGACAGCUGAUGUUCUGAAAGAGCUGCAAAAUCUGGACCCCUACAAAUCGUCUGGGCUAGACAAUCUGGACCCUUUCUAAAAAUAGCCGCCGAAAUUGUCGCAACCCCUAUUACUAGCCUGUUCAACCUCUCUUUCGUAACGUCUGAGAUCCCCAGAGAUUGGAAAGCUGCCGCGGUCAUCCCCCUCUUCAAAGGGGGUGACACUCUACAUCCAAACUGUUACAGACCUAUAUCCAUCCUGCCCUGCCUUUCGAAAGUUUUUGAAAGCCAAGUUAACAAACAGAUCACCGACCAUUUCGAAUCCCACCGUACCUUCUCCGCUAUGCAAUCCGGUUUCCGAGCUGGUCAUGGGUGCACCUCAGCCACGCUCAAGGUCCUAAACGAUAUUAUAACCGCGAUCGAUAAUAGACAGGACUGUGCAGCCGUCUUCAUCGACCUGGCCAAGGCUUUCGACUCUGUCAACCACUGCAUUCUUAUUGGCAGACUAAAUAGCCUUGGUUUCUCAAAUGACUGCAUCGCCUCGUUCACCAACUACUUCUCAGAGUUCAAUGUGUCAAAUCGAAGGGCCUGUUGUCUGGACCUAUGGCAGUCUCUAUGGGGGUGCCACAGGGUUCAAUUAUUGGUGUAUAUCAAUGAUGUCGCUCUUGCUGCUGGUGACUCUUAGAUCCACCUCUAUGCAGACGACACCAUUUUGUAUACAUCUGGCCCUUCAUUGGACACUGUGUUAACAAACCUCCAAACAAGCUUCAAUGCCAUACAACACUCCUUCCGUAGCCUCCAACUGCUCUUAAACACUAGUAAAACUAAAUGCAUGCUCUUCAAUCGAACGCUGCUGGCACCCGCCCACCCGACUAGAAUCACUACUCUCGACUGGUCUGACCUAGAGUAUGUGGACAACUACAAAUACCUAGGUGUCUGGUUAGACUGUAAACUCUCCUUCCAGACUCACAUUAAGCAUCUCCAAUCCAAAGUUAAAUCUAGAAUCGGCUUCCUAUUUCUCAACAAAGUCUCCUUCACUCAUGCUGCCAAACAUGCCCUCGUAAAAUUGACUAUCCUACCGAUCCUUGACUUCGGCGAUGUCAUUUACAAAAUAGCCUCCAACACUCUGCUCAGCAAAUUGGAUGUAGUCUAUCACAGUGCCAUCUGUUUGUCACCAAAGCCCCAUAUACUACCCACCACUGUGACCUGUACGCUCUUGUUGGCUGGUCCUCACUACAUAUUCGUCGCCAAACCCACUGGCUCCAGGCCAUCUAUAAAUCACUGCUAGGCAAAUAUCCGCCUUAUCUUAGCUCAUUGGUCACCAUAGCAACACCCACCCGUAGUAUGCGCUCCAGCAGUUAUAUCUCACUGAUCAUCCCCAAAGCCAACACCUCCUUUGGCCGCCAUUCCUUCCAGUUCUCUGCUGCCAAUGAUUGGAACGAACUGCAAAAAUCUCUGAAGCUGGAGACUCUUAUCUCCCUCACUAACUUUAAGCAUCAGUUGUCAGAGCACCUUACCGAUCACUGCACCUGUACACAGCCCUUCUGAAAUUAGCCCACUCAACUACCUCAUCCCCAUAUUGUUAUUUAUUUUGCUCAUUUGCACCCCAGUAUCUCUAUUUGCACAUAAUCUCUUGCACAUCUAUCAUUCCAGUGUUAAUACUAAUUGUAAUUAUUUUUCACUAUGGCCUAUUUAUUGCCUUACCACCAUAACUUGCUACAUUUGCACACACUGUAUAUAUAUUUUCUGUGGUAUUUUUUACUUUAUGUUUUGUUUCACCCCAUAUGUAACUCUGUGUUGUUGUUUUUAUCGCACUGCUUUGCUUUAUCUUGGCCAGGUCGCAGUUGUAAAUGAGAACUUGUUCUCAACUGGCUUACCUGGUUGAAUAAAGGUUAAAUAAAAAAAUACUGACAACCACUCAAGCUAAUUGAUGCUAGUAGAUACCCAUAGACUUUCAGUCAUUGCGCUAACGCUAGUUAGCAUUGGCUUGGGAAACUACCUCUAACUUCCUUCAUACUGGAUACGGAUACAUAAAAGUGGUAUCCACGAGUUCAUCUGACUCUGGGGAAGUAGUUAAAAGUCCCUCAUUGCCAAAAUCUCGUAUUAUCUCUUCAGUAUUGAUCAUGAAUAUGAAGCUCAGUUUUUGCUGAUGCAUCUGUAUAUUGGCCUGUGUGCAGUGGCUUUUCCGUUGCUCCUCCGCUGGUGUGUGAGGUGGGCGGGGGACGAGGAGGAGGAGGCGGUGGGGAGGAAGGAGAGGACAAUGCUAUCAUGGAGAUGAGACUGAGGUAGAGUCCCCAGCAGUUCAGUUCUGCCCUUCUACAGCUUGCAACACGCUCCCUCUUCAUUAAUGGGGCACAGGUAAACACACACACACCCCUGCGAUUGACUCAGGACCUCCUCUCCCCUCUGCUCAUGUCUUUGCAUCAGUCUGUGCAGCUGUUAUCCUCAGAAGACAUCUAAUGUUGUGGAAUGUUUUUGCACCCAAAUACUGUAAGUGCCUUUCCCAAUUCACACUAACCACAGUAUGUUUUUUGUGUCCUUCCUUCCUACUCUGUGUGACUGCACUUGUCAUUAUAGUGUGUCUAAGUCAUAGAUCAUGCUCUCAAAAUGAGUCUUGUGUAUUCUCUACAAAGUUAUUAAGCAUUGCGUCUUCUCUGCCAUGUUAUUAAGCAUUAUGUAUUCUCUGCCAUGUUAUUAAGCAUUAUGUCUUCUCUGCCAUGUUAUUAAGCAUUAUGUCUUCUCUGCCAUGUUAUUAAGCAUUAUGUCUACUCUGCAAUGUUAUUAAGCAUUACGUCUUCUCUGCCAUUUUAUUAAGCAUUACGUCUUCUCUGCCAUGUUAUGAAGCAUUAGUCUUCUCAGCCAUGUUAUGAAGCAUUUCGUCUUCUCUGUCAUUUUAUUAAGCAUUACAUCUUCUCUCUACCAUGUUUCCUAUACAUUUGCAGGUUGAUGUUCAAGGCCUCAGGGUUCCUGGUGAGCAGUGUGUUUGUUCUUGUGGGGGUGACCCACGUGAUGAGAGUGGACAUGGCAGUGGGCCAUUGGUUUAAGAGACUUCCCUGA